AUGGGUUUCCAAUCGGCCAUAUUAUUGGCCUUGGUAGUCACCAUAAGCCAAGUAAUCGCCCAAUGUCCAACAGUCACUGGACCAUGUCGAUGUGCUCCUUCAGUUUAUGAGCCAGUCGCAAUUAUUUGUCAAAAUGCUGGAAGUCUGUCAAAUGCUCUUCAAGCAAUUCAAUCCGCUAAAGAUACACCGGUUAGUUUUGAACAUUUUUGAGUUGGACACGAAAAUUCCGAUUUUCAAGGUUUUUGAAACCAAAUUUAUAAUUUGAGCUUCACACAAAACAUUAGCCUUUAUCAUAGAAGUGAAUCAAAUCAAAAUUCCAAGAAGCAUCUCGUGCGUCAGAAUUUUCCUUAUUCUAAUAAGUUGUUCCGAACAUUCAUCUCAUUUUUUUUCACUUCAAAUACUUAUUUUCUUGCAGAUUGAUUCAUUGACAAUCCUCGAUACCGCAAUUCCAACAGUUCCAGCAAAUGCAUUUCAAGAUUUUACAAUUCUUAGACUUGUUCUGAAUCGAAAUACCCUUCAAAAUAUUGAUGAUCGCGCAUUCAAUGGACCACUUUUGGAUUCAUUGAUUGAACUCGAUUUGAAUGAUAAUAAUUUGGGACAAAUUCCACAAACUGGACUUCCAAGACUUCGAAAUUUACGCAAACUUUAUUUGAAUAGAAAUCGAAUUAAUCAAUUGUCACCAAAUGCUUUCACAACUUUUGAGUCAAAAGAUUUGCUUUUAAAAUUGGAAUUGGCUGGAAAUCGACUAACUGAUUCGACACUUGGAGAUGCUACCGUUUUCAGACCACUCACACUUUUACAGGUAUUUUUUCUGUAUUCGAAGUUAUGAAUUAUAUAUAUUUUUUAGCAACUUUCGCUCGAAACCAAUUCUCUGACAUCAAUUCCAUCUGCAGCGCUUGUAAAUCAACGCAACACUCUCACAAAUCUCAAUCUUGGUCUUAAUAGUAUCAAUGAUGUUCCAGUUGGUGCUUUGGAUUUUCCAGUUUUAUCCUCACUUUCUCUCGAAUUCAAUGGAAUUACUGUUAUUCCACCACAAGCAUUCCAAGGAGUUCCAAAUUUGGAAUUUUUGUACAUGACUGGAAAUAAGUUCCCAUCUUGGGCACCUGAAAUGUUCCGCUAUAUUACACAAUUGAAAACUUUGGGAAUUGGAGAAACACCAAUAUCUGUUAUUCCAAAUAACGCGUUUAUGGUGAGUUUUUUUUCAAACAUAAUUAGUCAACUUUCUCAAAUUACUCACACAUUUAUUGACAAAGUUUCUAUGUAGUUAGUAAAUAUUUACACAAUGAAUAGAAUCUAGUUUCAACUCCAGCUCAUCUUGAAAAAAAACUAAUUUUGAAUAUUAUAUUUUUUUCCAGCACAUUCCACAUUUAAUUCGACUCGAAAUGUCUGAAGCCGCUGUUGAUACCAUCGAAAGAGGUGCAUUCCAGAGAACACCACAAAUUCAAGCGAUUGUUCUCAACAAAAAUCGACUUUCACAGUUUGUUGUUUUAUAAUACAUUUGAAGGUGUUGCCAAAAAAUACUUGAAUUUUUGCAGAGUUCGCGCCGAUUUCUUCGAAGGUCUCAACGACUUAUAUUCAAUUGAUUUACAAGGAAAUCGAAUCGAUAAUGUACAAUCUCUUGGUUUCGCCAAUCUUCCAUCGAUUAGUCAUUUGGAUAUCAGGUAAAUAUUAGAAGAAGAAGAAGAAUAUUUGUUUGGUGAAAAAUGGUCACACCCUUUUGUACUUUAUGCAUGACUCAUUUGUUUUGAUUAGAUUAGAGGUUUUCGAAAAUUGGCACCAAAUGAACAAAAAUUUUUAAAAUUUUAUAUGAAAAGUAUCUAUGGCAAUUGGUCGGCCUGGUCAUUUCACAUUCGAAAAAUCGCUUUAUUUCAGUUACAAUCUUCUCCAAACCAUGCCAAGUGAUGUAUUUGUGAACAGUUUCCUCCCACUUCCAAAUGAUCGUCGUAAUAUUUAUGUAUGCGGUAAUCCAUGGUAUUGUAAUAACGAACUUGAAUGGAUGAGACAACUCUUCCGUGAUAAUCUUGAUAUUGAUAUUGAAAAACCAGGAUGUCUUGCUGUUUGUGUUUCUUCGCCAAAUGGAUGUCCAGUUGAAGGAACACCAUUGAGGUAUGUUUGUUUGGUUUUUGACUAUUAAUUCAAGAUCUGAAAACGUUUGUUUCUAAACUCCAAUUUCAUUUUAGUCCUGCUCGAAGUUUCACAUUUUCAUCAAUAUGCUUUUGUUUUCAGAUCUGUUGACUUCUGUCAAAACAAUGAAGAAGCUCAACCACUUGUUGGUCGCGCUUUAUCAAUGGUUGGAUGGAUCAUUUUGGCAAUUAUUAUGACAAUUUUGUUAAUCUCAAUUUGUCUUUUGGCAAUGAUUAGAUAUGGAAUGAGUCAUCAACGCAAAAAACAAAAGGAUGCCGAUAUUGCUGCUGAAGAACAUUAUAUUCAAACAUCAGCUAGUAAGUUCUAAAAAGACAAAAAAGUUUCAAAAGAAAGAUUAAUCAUCAAUAUGUUUGUUUGCAGCAUCAGUCUACAAUGCUCCAGUUUCUGUUCUUGAUCGGCCUUAUUCAACAGUUCCACCAGUGAACCUCGAUCUUCCAGCAGCUUAUACUCUUGACGAUCGACCGACCAAUUAUCUUUAUUAA